AUGGAGCAGAUUACUAAAUACUUGAUUAUCAUCGCGUCAUUGAUGACAGUGAAACUAACUGUAACUGAGAGCAAGAACGAUACUAAGCCAAAGGUUGAAAGGCUUUACUAUUCACCAGUCUUUAUUAAUGUAUGUGAUAUAAAAGAUCGGAGAUCUAAAGUUCACUGUUACUGUGACAGUAAUAAGCCAAAAAUGGCAACAAGAGCGGAUUGCUGGGUAUUCGGCGGUGGAAUUACUGAGGAAGACCUUGUUUGGCCAAGUUUCUCAUCUCAAUCUGAAAUAGAGCAUUUAAUGUUCAAUGUCAGAUCGGACGAUGCGUUAACAUUCAUACCGGCAAAGGCAAUCAUAAGACUGGACAGACUUAAACAUAUCUCUAUACAAUUUGGAACAAUCAAAAGGAUUCCGCCUUACGCCUUCACGAAUUCGUCUACAAUCAGACAGAUUGUGUUGAAAUCAAACAAGAUUAAUAUUUUAGAGAAACAUUCAUUUUCGCAAAUGAUGAUGUUAUCAAACUUAAGUUUAGAUGAAAAUCAAAUAUCAGAAUUAAAGAGGGAUGUACUUUUUGGAUUACCAAAUCUCCACGUCUUACACUUAUCGAAUAACAACCUAAGCUUAAUACACGAAGGCUGCUUCAAGCACUUAAACAAUUUAAUUGAACUCAAUUUAGAAUCUAAUUACAUAUCAGUAGUGACCAGAGAAAUGUUGGAAGGGCUUGAAAAUCUUUCCAGAUUAAAUUUGAGAAGUAAUAAACUGACUAUGAUAGGAAACUUAGCCUUCACUGAACUGUGGGGUUUAAAAGAACUAAUGAUUGAUAAUAACGCAAUAGAAUACAUAUCAGAGCGGGCAUUCGGUGGCCUCACACAACUAAGGAAAUUGACAUUAUCCGGUAAUAAACUAACAACAUUUUAUGAAGAUAUAUUGGAAGACAUAAGGAGUUUAGUUGUUCUAGACUUGCGAUUCAAUCUGCUGGAAGUAAUCUCAUACGAAACCAUUCGGUCAGUGGUGGAAAACGAUAAAGCUGCUUCGACAGCAGUUUAUUUGGAAGGUAACCCUCUCACUUGCGAUUGCCGCCUUUCCUGGAUAUACACGUUACGAAACGAAACACGGGAUUUCACGUUAAAGCAAGCUCUUGAAAAAAUAUCGUGUAUCACCGAUCCUGUAGAACGACAGCUAAACGAUCAAGAAGAUAACGAAAACAUCAACGAUAAUGCUGUCGUUGACGAGACUUACGAGUACUAUGAUAAAAAUGAAGACUAUGACACAAAAAUCUUAUCAAAAGCAACGAAACUCACCGAAAUACCCCUUGAAACUCUUCCUUGUCCAAAAGAGUUAAUUCAAACUGAGGAAUACGGACACCCCGUUCAAAAUGAAAUUAGGCUUAAAGCAUUUUCGAACGUCGACAAAAUUUCUCCGUGUUUAAUUCUAGUUGUAUUUGGCAUGCUGUUGUGUUAA